AUGCUGCAGAAUCCUUCCAAAUAUCACGCAAAUCCCUUGUCGCACUUCCUGGCAUUGCAUAACACACAGGCCAGUGGCGUCGGCGGCGGGGGCUCAGCGGGGGUCGGCGGAUUGGGAGGGGCCAUCCCGGCACAUGGUCAACCGCACCCGCAUCAUCAUCAUGCGCUGGCAGCGGCUGCAGCAGCGGCGGCCGCCGUCUCGGCGGGUCAGAGUUCAUACCAAAUGGAGCACCAGCAGCAGCAGCAACAGCAGCAUCAUCAUCAGCUGCAACAGCAACAUCAUCAUCAGCAGCUCCACAACCCCAGCAACCACCAGCAGGAUGGCCACCACCCACCGACAACAGGCAGUGGCGGUGGCAGCAGCAACAGCAGCAGCAACAACAGCAGCAACAACAGCAGCAACAACAGCAGCAGCAACAGCAACCACCGGGAACAGUUGGCGGCGGCUGCCACUGCGACGUCGCACGCGCAGCUCAUCGAGGCGGCAGCGGCGCAUUCCUCCCUCGACGUGGGCAAGUCCUUCACCAUCGCCGCCAUUUUGGGCCUGCAGAGCCAACGCAAGGACUACAACAAUGCCAUCAAUCUCUCCCUGCACGACAACAACAAUAUUGGCGACGACAACAACAAGUGCUACGGCAGCAGCAACAACAACAGCAGCAAUAACAACAGCCAGAGUGUAAACAACUUUAAUUGUGAUAGUGGCGCCGGCAGUGGACGUUACCUGCACGGCGGACUUCCGCACUCGCAUCCUCACCAGGCGGGAUUCGCCGCCGUUGCCGCCGCCGUGGGAGCUGCUCCCUCUGCCCUCCAGAGCCUGCAGCAGCUCCACCAGCAACACCACGCCCAACAACAGGCCACGCUGAGCUUUCAGCGGGAGAAACUCAAGUCGGACUCUCACAAGAAGAGCGCGCUGAAGAACAAACGGGUCCGGACAAUCUUUACGCCGGAGCAGCUGGAAUGCCUGGAGGCGGAAUUUGAGCGACAACAGUACAUGGUUGGGCCCGAGAGGCUCUACCUCGCACACACACUCAAGCUAACGGAGGCGCAGGUGAAGGUUUGGUUCCAGAACAGGCGGAUCAAGUGGCGUAAGCAUCACCUGGAACUCACGCAACAGCGGCUAGCACUGAUACGACAGACCCAGCUGCCUGGCACGGCGAUCCUGGGCAAUCAGGUGUCCGUGGCUACCAAUGCGGCCCACUCUGCGUCCACGGAUCUCACAACCGGAUGCAGUGCAGCCUCGCCCAGUCUGCAUGAGGAGGACAACGAGGACAGUAAGCACUCCCUCUCGCUAUCCGGCGUCAUGCCGCCGCUGAGUCGGGCGCAAUCCGAGUCAGAUCUGUCCAUCUGCAAUGAUUCCCUGGACGGCGACAGCCUCAUGGAUGGAAGCGAAGAGGCCUAG